AUGGUCCUCGCCUUCUCGCACCCCGUAUGGACCCCGGCCCGUAGCGACCGCGGCUGGACCCGCGGCAUGCCGCCUCCACACUGUUCCCCUAUCCGCACGGCCAGCCACGUGCGCGCCACGCUCAGCGAGCAAGCCCCACCCACUCCCCCAGUCUCUGCCCCGCCGGCCCCGCCCUCGACGGAGGACGAAACCGUGAAUGCAUACGUCGCCCGUCCACCGCAGACUAGUCCCACCUCAAUCGACAAGCUCGUCGCAGAGCUUGGUCAUGAUCCCCGCUCGGGAACAUCCCCUCUCAACUCUCUUCUUGCAAACCCUAGCGAUCAGACUGUCUCUGUUCAUGCUGGCGAGAGGGUCCGGACUCCGCUCAACCUCAAGGCCAUGCUCGAUGCCAUUCAUACCCCCAUUGUGCAGAGCGCCACAUUCACUUUUAGGUCCACAGAAGAUUGUAUCGAGUACAAUCGCGGCACGUACCAGUCGUACGAGUAUGCUCGCUAUGGCAAUCCCACUACUCGCGCAGUCGAGGAAAAGGUCAUGGCCUUGGAUCACGCCGAGGACUGCGUCCUCUCCGCAUCGGGCAUGUGCGCUGUCACUACCAUGCUUAUGGCCCUCAUUCCGGAAAACGGUCAUAUCGUCGUCACCACCGAUUGCUACCGUCGCACCAGGCAGUUUAUCACCACUGUCCUGCCCAAGAUGGGCAUCGACUGCACAGUUUUGGACCCUGCCGAUAUGGAUGGUCUUCGCAGAGUCCUCGAGACUCGCGGGGCUGACAUGUAUUUUUCUGAGUCCCCGACUAAUCCGCUAAUCCGCGUCGUUGAUGUCGCAGAAAUUUCUCGCAUCUGCCGUCCGCACGGCACCGUUUCUGUCAUCGACACUACGUUUGCGACGCCGGUUAACUUUCGUCCGAUUGACUUUGGUGCUGAUUUAGUUCUUCAUUCUGCAACUAAAUAUCUCUCAGGUCACCAGGAUGUGAUGUGCGGCGCCCUAGCAGGACGCGCCGACCUCAUCAAGAAAGUCAAGGGUAUGCUAGGCGUCAUGGGCGGUGUCGUUGAUCCCCACGUGUCGUUCCUCAUCAGCAGAGGCAUGAAGACACUUGGAGUGCGCAUGGAAGCGCACAACAGGAACGCGGCGGCCGUGGCUGAGUUUCUCAGUAGGCACCCGAAAGUUGCCAAAGUGCACUACCCGACGCUGGAGAGUCACGUGGACUACGAAGUGGGGAGCAGGCUCUUCCAAAAAGGGUUUGGGGGUGUCCUGAGUUUUGAGCUUCGCGGAAAUGGGGACGAGUGGUCGAGGGAGACUUUCGAAGCUACCGGGAGGUUUGUUGACGGGUUGAAGAUUCCAUACAUUGGACCGUCGCUUGGCGGGUGUGAAUCUUUGGUGGAGCAGGUAUGUAUUAUGGGGUACUUUGAUCAGCCGCUGAAGGAGAGGAAGAGGCUCGGUAUCAACAAUGGGCUAGUGAGGUACUCUUGUGGGAUUGAGGACACCCAUGACCUGGUGGAUGACAUUGAGCAGGCGCUGAGGUUUGUGUGAUGCUGAGAGAAGCAUUGGUAGAGACGCUGUCGGGAUAACAUUCCAAGUCUGGAAAGGAACAUUGUAUUCUGCUGUAAAGAUAGCAAUGCUGGUUUCGAAGGAAUUGCGGAGGUGCACCUGGUGCACAUUCUCGCUGAUGGAUGGAUUCGGCGUUUUUGCCACUCGGCUUCGCUUUGGCUGUUUGAGAAGGCGAGGGGUUUUAGUGUACUGUAGUACGAUGGUUCUUCUCUGGAAUUUAAAGAAAUGCAGAGAAGCAUCGCUCCGAAUGCCCACAAGUGCAUUGCGUAUAA